AUGGGAGAACAAGACAGUGCAUAUGGUAUUCGAAUACUAAGUCUUGAUGGCGGUGGGCCGGGCUGCUUCUCCCAAUUGGUCAUUUUGGACGAGAUCAUGGGUCGUAUUGCGUAUGACAAACAACUCGACAAGAAACAGAUGAAGCCUGCAGACUAUUUUGACCUGAUAGGUGGCGCGGGACUUGGCGCCGCCGCGAUAAAAGAGCUUCACUCGCUUGGAUCCAAACUGCGAAUGAACGAAUCCGACGUGCUCACGCCAAAAGAACGGCUUGAAGUACUUAAAGGAGAAAUCACAGAGAUGUUGCAAAGACAAGGAAUAUCGAUGGAUGUCGGGCUACAGGAUGAACGAGCGCUAUUGGUAGCACGGACGACUGCUUCUAGCUCCUGUCAAUGGCUCUCCACCUAUUCCUCGCGCCAAAGCCAAGUCGAAUGUUCAGUAGUCGACGCUCUCAGUGCAACUAUCGCGCUCCCGACACUCUUCGACCCUGUUUCGAUCGGACCUGAAUAUGCUGCACUGGAACUCAACGGAGCAAACCUCGCCUUCAACAACCCAACCAGAGAGCUACUCAACGAGGCCCAAAGAGUAUAUGGCGACGAGCGACAGGUGUCGGUGAUCCUUAGCCUUGGUUCUGGAAAGUCAAAAGAGCUAUCUAUUGACGAAUAUAGUCGGACUAAUGCAAUCGAGAACCUCUUGAAGAAGCUCGUAAUGAGUUCAGAGGCAACAGAGAGAGAUCUUGCUCAUCAACUCUACGAUGUUGGAGCAUACGUUCGAUUAAACGUGGAAUACAUCUAUACCGACAUCCAACUGCAUGAGUGGAAUCAACUGAGCGUGAUCUUGGCGCGCACUCAAGACUAUCUGGCGUCGCCUUCUGUUACGAGGAUGGUGGAUAGCUCGAUUGUGGGCGUCAUUGAGAAGCAAAGAGCGAUGACACUUAAUCAGCUCA